AAAGUGUAGGUCUAGUUGGAUUGUAUACCAUACGGUAACAUUGUCUCUACUUAAAAAUACCAGAAAGGGAUUCAACUCAGUAGGAUCCAUAUACCUGUUUAAACUUAAGAAAAACUCAUGAUUAAUAGCAGCAGAAAAGAAAAAUAUUCACUUUGAUAAAGACAGUUUGCCAGCUGAGCCAACAACCAUGAAUACAUCAGAGAAUGGAGUGAAUUCACUCUGCUCGAUCUGUGGAGACAGAGCAACAGGCAAACACUACGGGGCCUCUAGUUGUGAUGGCUGUAAAGGCUUUUUCAGACGGAGCAUUAGAAAGAGCCAUGUAUAUUCCUGCAGGUUUAAUCGACAAUGUGUGAUUGACAAAGACAAGCGGAAUCAAUGCAGAUUUUGCAGACUUAACAAAUGUUUUCAUGCAGGAAUGAAAAAAGAAGCCGUACAGAAUGAAAGAGACCGGAUAAGCUCCAGAAAAAAUGUGUUCGAGAGCAGCAGUUUACCCUCUAUAACAGCACUGGCACAAGCUGAAAGCCUCUCUCGGCAGAUCAGUGUGCCCAGCCCUGGAGUACCUACAGAUAUAUCAGCAAAGAAAAUUGCCAGUAUUAGCGAUGUAUGUGAAUCUAUGAAGCAGCAGCUAUUGGUUCUGGUAGAAUGGGCAAAAUACAUUCCAGCAUUUUGUGAAUUACCACUAGAUGAUCAGGUUAGUUUGUUGAGAGCACAUGCCGGGGAGCACUUACUUCUUGGGGUAGUGAAGAGAUCAACCCCUUACAAAGAUCUCCUUCUUCUUGGCAAUGACUGUGUUAUCCACCGCAACUGUCCUAAAGUUGAGAUUAGCCGAGUUGCAAACCGGAUUUUGGAUGAACUGGUUGUGCCUUUUCAGGAAAUUCAAAUAGAUGACAAUGAAUAUGCCUCUUUAAAGGCUAUUGUCUUCUUUGAUCCAGACGCUAGAGGCCUGAAUGAUUCCUCUAAGAUCAAAAGCAUGCGGUACCAGGUGCAGAUCAGUUUGGAAGAUUACAUCAAUGACAGGCAGUAUGAUUCUCGAGGGAGGUUCGGGGAGCUGCUUCUGCUCCUUCCCACUCUUCAAAGCAUCACUUGGCAAAUGAUCGAGCAGAUCCAGUUUGUCAAACUAGUCGGGAUGGCUAAAAUCGACAACUUGAUUCAGGAAAUGCUUCUGAGCGGAACAGUUAAUGACGCAACACACACCCAUCACCCUGUGCAUCCACAUCUAGCUCAGGAUCCUUUGACUGGUCAGACUGUUUUAAUAAGCUCAAUUCCAACUCCAGUGCUCACUGAACAUAUUUCAACUCCAGAAACUCCAAUGCCAUCACCUCCACAAGGAUCUGGACAAGACCAAUACAACGUAACUUCAAACCAACAUGUGGCACACUCCGGGCCACCUGUUGCCAAACAGAAUGAUAAUUAACUACUAUGGUUUCAGCUUUCAGAUGUCAUUCCUACAGUUUUUCAGACCCACCUUUGGGUUUGUCAAGACGGCUGAGAAUACUGACAGACUGGAUCUAGAAUCAAGUGUGAUGUGUUUUUAUUUUUAUAAGCAUCCUGAAAUAACUGAAGAACUGUUUCCCAAUGGUUCUAAAUAUUUAUUUUAAAAUACUGGUAGAUAUUUACUACUCAUUCAACUUUUAUAUAAAAUGCUUUUAGCAGUUUAGUAACCUGUGGCAUAACUAUGGUCUCAAACGUUGGCGGGAGGUAGUUUAUUUACAAAAUUUAAAAUAAACAUUCAUUUCAUUCUGAUUGGUGCCUUUGAACUCAUGAACUCACUCUUCAGAGGACAGGAGGGAGUAUUUCUCAGCCACUCUAGGACAAUAAGACCCAAAUGUUUGAAUUGAAAAUAUUUGUUUAGUAAUGAGACCAUAGACAUUGGAAAUGGUAAAUUUCACAAUGAAAAAAAAGCCUCUAGAAACAGUUCUUUACUGUUGGCAUCUGAUUUCUCCUCUCUGCUUGCAAUAAAAGUAUGGAUUAUAGAAAGUGUCCUGCUGUUUUUCUUGUUGGUUUGUUAUGCAACUGCCUCAUUAUUAA